AUGCAGUCCUCCAAUCCCAUAGGUCAUCAGCUCACCCAGAGGACUCUCAGAAGGGCUCUACACGCUUGCGCGAAGAGAGCUGCCGAGCAGACUUCACCGAAAGGUAAAGGCAAGGCAAUUUCCGACACUCUCUUCGCCCCUUCUACACGCAGUACUACACCCCAAACGUCAACAUCUAAAAUCGCACCUAGUCUCAAACCUACCAUGCCUACAUAUACUUCGUCUCCAACCCAUUCAAGGGGAUGGCAAGCCUUCGAAACAUCAUGGGCAUAUCAUCCUUCUUCAUCUACCAAAAUCCCAAAGUUCCUGAAAGAUAAAGUGAAAGAUGGAGGUAUGGGUGUAAUGGAGGUACGAACGAUAUUUGAAAAACCUAUAAAUUUCAAUCCGAUAUUGAGAUUAUUAGGUUGUGGAUUUACGGCUUUUGUGGGAUUUUCAUGGUUCUGGUUACCUCCUCCGUUAGCUGAGGAGGGUGGUUAUCAAACUUUCUGGAACUCAAAACCUGAUUCUGGAUAUACAACCAAAAUAUGGGGAACGUUCAAACACUUUUUGUUUGUGCAAACUCCCUAUUGGGCUCUGGGAGGAGCAGCAUUGGGCGUAUACAGACUAACUAAAAAUCUCAAUAUCGUCACUAAGCUCGAACAAUGUAGAGUUCGUCUGAAUCCCACUUCGACUCCUACCUCGGCCGGAGCUGCAGAAGAGAUACAUCUCAGGAUGAGUACCGUCAAGAAGGAUCUGUUGGGCAGGUGGAGUGGAGAACCCAGGGAUCUGAGAUUGAGUGAUGUGAGGGUACUACCUGUGAAAGGACCCCACGAGAGGAACGGUGAUUAUAUCUUAAAUCUACAUGUGAAGGACUCGACAAAAAGCAACUUUGCAGAUAGUCAGCCGUACAUCGUCGAUACUAGGUACAUGAGCUACUUGGAUAAAUCGGAUCAACCUUAUGCUCUGUCGCCGAGUAGGUUGAGGCAUGUCUUUGGACGAUGGGAGGGGUCUGAUUGA